GUUUUGUCUUAUUUGAUUGCUAUUCUGUGUAUUGAAUUUGAGAUAAAUAUUUGUUUUAUUGACAUAAAAUUGUAUCAAAAUACAAAGGUGUAGUACUUAAAUGCUGGAUAGAAUAGUACACUGCAAUUUCACAAAGUUGCUAUAGUAUUUUAAUUGUGAUUUACACCGCAACAAACGAAAAACCAUGGGGAUGUCGCGUUGCUACGCCCUCAUGAAAUGUUUGCUGAUAUUGUUCAACAUUAUUUUCUUGGUUGUUGGUUUAGGGGCAUGUGCCUUCUCAGGCUGGGCCUUAUGGGAGGGUGCGGGAGGUGUUGGCGCAGGAAGAGUGGGUCUGAGCUGCGUAGCCAUCUGGGGCGUAGUGCUAGCUCUCGGCGCAGUUGGCACUCUCCGUGGCGUUUGUGGUGCUGGUCACCCGGUAUCGUUGCGUGGAGGCUUAGCUCUGCUGGCACUGGCGUGCGCAGCGGAGGCAGCAGCAGCAGCUUGGGGUGCUGCUCACGCUCCACAGUUGAGACAGGCACUCCGAGAUAGACUGCGAGACACUAUAACACAUGAUUAUGGUGUUGUGCACUCCCAUACUCAUAUGCUAGAUGUUAUACAACAUGAGUUGCAAUGCUGUGGUGCGGAGAGUGUGCGCGACUGGCAGGAGGCAGCGUGGGCGGGCGGGGAUGUUGCUGAGCCUUCCCAUCGAGGCUCCCUUGACCUGUCUGUCAGUGCCCCUGCCUCUUAUUACUGGGUCCCUACCUCCUGCUGUGCUACGGACGAUCCAUUUGAAUGUGAGACAUCUCGUCGUAUCGCGACAGCAUCGCGCGGCUCACCCGGCCUGUACACUGUGGCGUGUUCGCCGCGCGUGCUCGCCGAGCUUGCUCGUGUUGCGCGCGCCCCACUGGCGCUCGCCGCCGCGCUGCUCGCCGCGCAUGUGCUCGCGCUUCUGCUCGCGCUCGCGAUUGCCGCAAGACCGCAACAUGAUACCAGGUACAAAGCAUAAUGAGUGAGGGAGACAGAUGUAGACGUUAUACAUUGGUAACUCAUUCUAACACAAGUUCACACUUUGCCAGUACAGUAUAUCGCUUAAUAUGUGCCAAUACCCUAAUGGUUUGUGAUAUACAUUAAAAUUUCAUCCUGAUCAACACUACAAUGCAAUUAUGAAUUAAAAAAAACCUUUCUAGCGGUCGAGGGUUCGAAUUCCGUCAUUCGACUAUUGUCCAGUUUAUCUUAGCAUAAGCCUAAAACUUAGUUCUAAUGGUUAAAGUAAUUAUUAGUAAAUCAACAAAAAUCCAAUAAUAUUUUCAUUAAAAAAAAUGGCCUGUCAAUCUAAUACAGUGUGAACGUUAACUGACGUCAGUGAGUAUACCAGGGGUGGUGAACUAUUGGGACGCUUGCUUAAAUGACAUACAAUAUUUUGAGCAUGUCUCGAAUUAUAAAAACACUACGAAAUGUGUGAAUUCACCAUAGAAUUGACGUAACAAUUGCAGUCAAAAAUAUUCAAUUGCACAUCUAGGGCCGAUUUUUUUUUAAACCAAACCGUUUUAUCUGCAGUCUUUAAAACUUUCCACAAAUAUGAGGAACGAUAAAAUUUUCAUAAUGUUUUCUCCCUCGAGAAACUUUUACAGAAAACCCGAACCGAUCUUAUUUGUCACAUAAUAGCCCAAAUGACCGCAUUAAUUUCUUUAAAAAAUGACAUUAAUGCAUGUUUGCCACCCCUGGUCUAUCUGUAACAGGUUGUUGCAACUGUCCAACUGUACUGGCCUAGUGUGAACCACGCAUCAUACAAGUGAAGUAAAUCAGUGAAUCAGUUCACAGAUCAGUUUGUAUCUGGAU